CUUAGAUUUGUUGUUCCCGAUGCCACUCCCACUCUCAUAGCCGAUCAUCAUAGAGAUUAUUUCUCUUCGUUAAAUAUGAAUAUACAAGUAUCUUAUAAUGGAAUAGAUUGGAAGUUCGACAACUUCCACGAACUGGCCUUGACGGAAGAACGAGAUACUUAUAAUAAUCGGAGAGAUGAUCGAAGAGGGAAUAACUUUAGAAAUGAGCCUAGUUGGAAAAAUGAUAGUGAGUAUAAUGAACGAGAGACUAAUACUAGAUGGGGAAGCCAAAGCGAAAAGGGUUCUAAACGUAAAUUAUAUGCAUCAAGUGAUAACGAAGAAACACCCGAUGCUAAAUGCCGUAAAGGUAAAAGUAGAACAAGGACAUUUGUAGUGUCAACUGAAUCGGUAUAUCCUAGUGAAGUUCCAGGAGACCAACAUAUACAAACCAGGAGAUGUAUGAAUCCUGAGUAUGGUAAAUUUGAGCGUUGUUCAUCAUAUACCUAUGAUUUUAAAGAAACAACAGAUGAAAAACUAGGUUACAUUCUUGGGAGAUAUGUCAAUUAUGUAUUUAGAAGGUAUUGGAUGUGCUGUAAAGAACUUUGUUUAUCUUGCUAUGAUGAAUGGGAUGUGAGCAAAAAGCCAAAGACCAUCGAUAUAAUACAACGCCUUUUAAAUGAAACUGAGGAAAUAAUGAAUGAUCAUGAGGAUAAAGGCAGUGUUCCAACUACGCAAUCUACAGAAAGGAAUAUUUCAGCUACGCAGCCAGAUUUUGAACUUCUUCAAGUACCAGAAGGCAAUAUUCCAGCUAUACAACCGAAUUUUGAACUUCACCAAGUAUCAGAAGGCAAUAUUCCAGUUAUACAUCCGAAUUCAGAAAUUAACAUCACACCAGAGUUACUACUUCCUACUUUCCAACUAUCCAUCCACACAAUUGCUCUCAACAACUUCAUGAUAGUCAUAAAACAAUAG